UUCAUCUUCGUCAGCUUCUGCCAUGGCGCGCGCUUAUAAAUACGAGGGCGUCCCCUUACCAUUUCCAUUCCAUUAUUUCAGUUCCACUUUCUGUGGCGUCGAUUUCCAAAGGAGGAAGAAGAUCGACGAGAAGGGGUUUGAACUUUGAUCGCUUUGAGGCGCCAUUUUAGGGUUAUCUUAACUAUUCCAUCUCCCAUGGCAGCGUCCACGCCUGCGAAGUCAGGGAACCAGUCGAAGAGGCCGGGGAAGAAGGAGCCAAAGCUACUUCUUGGCCGCUUCGAGGUGGGGAAGCUGCUCGGCGCCGGGACCUUCGCGAAGGUCUAUGUCGCCCGCAACGUGCGCACGGACGAGCUCGUGGCGAUCAAGGCACUCAGCAAGGAGAAGAUCGUCAAGUGGGGGCUCGUCGCCCACAUCAAGCGCGAGAUCGCCAUCCUUCGGCGCGUCCGCCAUCCCUACGUCGUCCAGCUUUUCGAGGUCAUGGCCACCAAGACCAAGAUCUACUUCGUCAUGGAGUACGUCCGUGGAGGGGAGCUCUUCUCGCGCGUCUCGAAGGGUCGGCUCCGGGAGGAUACCGCGCGCCGCUACUUCCAGCAGCUCGUCUCAGCCGUCGCCUUUUGCCACACUCGCGGCGUCUUCCACCGCGACCUGAAGCCCGAGAACCUGCUCGUCGACGAGAACGGCGACCUCAAGGUCUCUGACUUCGGGCUCUCGGCGGUCGCGGAGCAGAGCCGCGGCGGAGAUGGCCUGCUCCACACCUUCUGCGGCACGCCGGCGUACGUGGCACCUGAGGUCCUCUCGAGAAGGGGCUACGACGGCGCCAAGGUCGACAUUUGGUCGUGCGGCGUCAUCCUUUUCGUCUUGAUGGCCGGCAGCCUCCCGUUCCACGAUCGCAACAUCGUGUCCAUGUACCGAAAGAUCUACAAAGGGGAAUUCCGUUGCCCGCGGUGGUUCUCGCCGGAUCUCAACCUGCUUCUGCACCGCCUCCUGGACACCAAUCCCCGCACCCGGAUCACCAUUCCCGAGAUCAUGGAAGACAACUGGUUCAAGAAGGGAUUCCGCCAUGUCCAAUUCUACACGGAGGACGACCAAUUGCACACCCUAGCGGACGAUCCCCAAAUGGGCGCCGACGAAGCCCAAGGCGACGCGGGAUCCCUCUGGGAAACUGAAUCCGAUUGCUCUGUCAUCUCCUGUGCCUCGUCAGUGUCAGAGGGGAAGAGGGCGAGGCCCGGAAUGUCGAGGCCGCCGAGUCUCAAUGCCUUCGACAUAAUUUCCUUCUCUCGUGGCUUCGACCUCUCGGGGCUGUUCGAGGAGACGGGAGACGAGACCAGGUUUCUCUCCAAGGAGCCAGUUUCGACCAUCAUAACAAAGUUAGAGGAGAUCGCCAAGGCGGUAAGCUUCACGGUGAGGCGAAAGGAUUGCCGAGUGAGCAUAGAGGGCACGAGAGAAGGAGAAAACGGGCCAUUGACGAUCGCUGCAGAGAUAUUUGAGCUCACGCCGUCGAUCGUAGUGGUGGAAGUGAAGAAGAAAUCAGGGGACAAAGAAACAUACGAGGAAUUCUGCAACAAAGAGCUUAAACCCGGAUUGCAACACCUCGUUCUGGCGCCAGAUUACAAUGCCAAACCUGUGGACUCUGGAAAAGGAACAGGUAAAAAUUUCUAAUUUUCUGUUCCGCAAUUUCUCGCCGAUCGAGAUCACACGAUAAAAAACUGGGAGAAGACUGGUCGAGCUUGCCUGGAACUUCGAUGAUUUCAGUGCAUGUCUCUACAGAGGAGUUCUGGAAUAACUUAUUCAUGUAUUUAUGAAAAAAAAACACAGAUAUUAAUAUGCAAAUUAUAUUUGUAGUGAUCGA